UAUUGCUAUAGUUAGUAAAAUUAUCUUUAUUUGUUUAGUGCUUUAUGGAAUAGAUUGUCAAAUCUUUAUUUUUAUUAAAGCAGACACAUCAAAUGAUGGCUGAAGUGAAAAGGAGAAGGAGAAAACUGAAGCCAGUUGAUGAGGCCAUACAGUUUUCACUACUACAGAAAGACAAAUCUGGUCUUGAAGGAAGAUUCAUCAAUGAUUUUAAAGGGAGAGGUGUGUUCAGCUGUGCUGACUUUGAGAAAGGAGAUUUCCUGCUGGAAUAUAGAGGGGACCUCAUAGAUAAAGAAGAAUGUGAACGGAGGCAAAGGAUAUAUCAUGAUGCACUUAAAGUUUAUAUCUUUGAGUUUCGCUAUAAUGGAAAGCUUCUCUGCAUUGACGCAGCCGGGAUGAUGGUAAACGAUGACCAUAUGAACCCAAACAGCAGGAUGAGAACUAUCUCUGCGGAUGGAAAACCUCACUCAAAGAGCAUCUGUCCUGAAAAUGAAAGCAGCCAGAAACUGAAAAACCACGAAGAGGGCAAAAAGUGGCAUGAUCCGGACAUUGGGAAGGAGGUGUCCCCUUAA